AUGGGUGCCGGAAGACGUAUGAAGAGAAAGCAGGGUGCCCCUGAGCCCCUGUCAGAAGAACACUAUGCAAAACUGAAGCGCAAGGCCGGCCUGCCUGUCGACAUUCCCACAGAGACUUCCGACAAUAAGAGAAGACGAAUUGGAAAAAAUUCACAACCCAAGACAAACGGUGCAACUAGAAAGAAGGCUUCUGUAUCCAAACCAGCAGCAGUUGACAAGUCAACGACAGCCAAGGUCAACGGCAAGUCAAAAGCCAAAUCUGUCAUGCCUGGCCUGGAAGACUCGGACAUUGAACUCGACGACGAUGAGUUCGACGCAGAUGACUUGGAUAUUGAGAAAUUAUCAGACUUGGAAGAUGGAGGAGGUGCGACACUUGGGGAUGAUUUCUUGGGCUCAGAUUCGUCCGUGUUCGAUUCAGACGAUGACAAUGAUGCCGAGAAACCUACCUUUUCUGAGGACGAGGACGAAUCCGACGCGGAGGAGAAGCUCACGGCUGCCAACAUCGAGGGUCUCUCGAGAAAACUAGAUCGUCAAUUAGCAGAAGAAGAAGCCGCUAAUGCUGCCGAAAUGGCCGAAAGUGCUCUGCAGACCAACAUUGAUGGGGAGAAGCCACACAUUAUCGACGACGAAGAGGACGAGCUAUCCGCCAAGACGAAUGCCCUCCUCGCUCCUGAUCUGCAGCUUCUCCGUACGAGGAUCACAGAAAAUAUCCGCGUACUCGACGAUUUCGCUAAUCUUGCCGAGGACGGACGCUCACGAUCGGAGUAUACCGCUCAAUUAAUCAAGGAUGUGUGCGCAUAUUACGGCUACUCCGAGUAUCUUGCAGAGAAGCUGUACAACCUCUUCACACCUCGUGAAGCAUUUGCCUUUUUCGAAGCCAACGAGUCUGCACGCCCUGUUGUAAUCCGCACGAACACUCUGCGUACUCACCGCCGUGAUCUCGCCCAGGCACUCAUCAACCGAGGCGUCACCCUCGAACCGGUCGGUAAAUGGUCCAAGGUAGGUUUGCAAGUCUUUGAGAGCACAGUUCCACUCGGUGCUACCCCCGAGUACCUUGCUGGCCACUACAUUCUUCAAGCCGCCUCCUCCUUCUUACCUUGCAUGGCACUCGAUCCACAAGAAAACGAACGCGUGCUCGACAUGGCUGCCGCCCCAGGUGGUAAAACAACAUACAUGGCCGCCAUGAUGAAGAAUACCGGAGUCGUCGUCGCCAACGACCCCAACAAGGCACGUGCGAAGGGUCUCAUCGGUAACAUUCACCGCCUGGGCGCUCGCAACGUCAUAGUAUCCAACUAUGAUGCUCGUGAAUUUCCCAAGCCAAUGGGAGGUUUCGACCGUGUCCUUCUCGAUGCUCCCUGUUCGGGAACCGGCGUCAUUGCCAAAGACCCCAGCGUCAAGACCAACAAGACGGAACUCGAUUUCAUGCAACUACCCCACACGCAGAAGCAGCUCCUCCUCGCCGCUAUUGACUCCGUCAACCACUCCAGCAAAUCAGGCGGCUACAUUGUCUACUCUACGUGUUCCGUCACGAUUGAAGAAAACGAGCAAGUGGUUCAAUACGCACUCUCCCGCAGACCAAACGUCAAGCUCGUCGAAACGGGACUGGCCUUUGGAAAGGAAGGCUUCACCAGCUUCAUGGGCAAGAAGUUUGACCCUAGUCUCCGUCUCACGCGGCGAUAUUACCCGCAUUCAUACAACGUGGAUGGCUUUUAUGUCGCCAAAUUCAAGAAGAUUGGCCCCACGCCCGCCAAAGCUUCUGCGCCAAGAGAUAAGGGUGUUGUCGGCAAUUCCGAAGAGCAAAUUAUUGACAAGACACCCAUUUCUGCAGACGAAGAGGAGAGCGGCAAGGAUGAUUUUGGUGGGUGGGACGAGGACGAGGACAAGGAGUACAUGGAAAAGGGGAGGAGAAAUGCCAUGCGCAGGAGAGGCCUGGAUCCUAGGAGUAAUAUCAAGGCGAAGAAGGGGUCAAAGUGA